UAUAGCAGAACUUCCUCUGAACUUUGAACACUGAGCAGGUAAUGAUCACAUUCAAGCAGCUAUUUUACAACCAAGUCUCUUGUCUGUGUGAACUUGUUGCUGCCAAAUUACUUUUGACCAGUUAUCAAAUCCAAGGCUUGAAUUACUUUUUACAAUCGUGUCCUGACACACCAGAGAAACCAGGAAGCAUCUGUUCCUCCCUGAAGAGACGCAGGCUGAAAACCAGACGAUCACAUUCACCUUCCAAACCAAACUGAACCAAACCAGACCAGACGUCCUGAGUGAGUCCAGCCACAGGAGAGAAGAGUCAAACUACAACCUGCCGACGCUCCACACACUGACCGUUUUACAGGUUUUAUCCUCCAGCAUCUCAAGAUCCACCCUCUCCUGACACACCUGAGAAACCAGGAAGCAUCUGUUCCUCCCUGAAGAGACGCAGGCUGAAAACCAGACGAUCACAUUCACCUUCCAAACCAAACUGAACCAAACCAGACCAAACGUCCUGAGUGAGUCCAGCUACAGGAGAGAAGAGUCAAACUACAACCUGCCGACGCUCCACACACUGACCCUUCACCUGGAGACUCAAUGGCUUCCAGAUUAGAAGAGGAUCUCUGCUGUUCCGUCUGCCAAGAUGUCUUCAGAGAUCCUGUUCUUCUGUCAUGUAGCCACAGCUUCUGUAAAGACUGUGUGAAGAGCUGGUGGAAAGAGAAAGAAGUAAAAGAGUGUCCAGUUUGUAAGAAAAGAUCUUCAAUGUGGGAACCACCUUGUAACCUAGUGUUAAAGAACCUGUGUGAGAGCUUCUUACAGGAGAGAGAUCAGAGCUCUUCACCUGCUCUCUGCAGUCUGCACUCAAAGAAACGCACACUCUUCUGUCUGGACCAUCAGCAGCCAGUGUGUCUCGUCUGCAAAGAUUCAGAAAAACACAUCGGCCACACAUUCAGACCCAUCGAUGAAGCUGCACAACAACACAAGAAGCAGCUUCAGGAAACUCUGGAGCCCUUGAAGGAGAAGUUACAGAGUUUUGAACGUGUUAAAGUAAAGUUUCAAAAAACAGCAGAACACAUUAAGGUCCAGGCCGGACUCACAGAGACGCAGAUCAAGGAGCAGUUUAAAAAGCUUCAUCAGUUUCUGGAGGAGGAAGAGGAGGCCAGGAUGGCUGCACUGAGGGAGGAAGAGGAGCAGAAGAGUCGGAUGAUGAAGGAGAAGAUUGAGUCUCUGAGCAGAGACAUAACGUCUCUUUCAGACACAAUCAGAACCACAGAGGACGAGCUGAGAGCUGAAGACUUCUCGUUCCUGCUCAACUACAAGGCUGCAGUGGAACGAGUCCAGCAGCGCCCCCUGCUGGAUGAACCACAGCUGGCCUCAGGAGCUCUGAUAGACAAGGCCAAACAUCUGGGCAACCUGAGCUUCAACAUCUGGAACAAGAUGAAGGACGUGGUCUCCUACAGUCCUGUGGUUCUGGACCCAAACUCUGCUCAUCCAGAACUCGCCCUGUCUGAAGAUCUGACCAGUUUGAGACGACGAGAGAGACAGAAGCUUCCUGACAAUCCAGAGAGGUUUGAUCAAUACAUCUCAGUCCUUGGAUCUGAGGGUUUUAACUCAGGGACUCACAGCUGGGACGUCCUGGUUGGAGACAGUACACGUUGGGCACUGGGUGUUUCAGAAGAGUCUGUCCAGAGGAAGGGAAACAAUCUGUCUAGAUUAUGGGGAAUACAGUUCCGUGAAGGUAAAUACACAGCAUGGUCUUCAUCAGCAUCAUCUGUUCUCUCUGUGAAGAAGAUCCAGAGGAUCAGAGUGAAACUGGACUGGAACAGAAGAAAACUGUCGUUCUCUGAUCUUGAUACUAACAAACACAUUCACACCUUCACACACACUUUCACUCAGAAGAUGUUUCCAUACUUUAACACUAGAGGUCACUUGAAGCUGUUACCUGUGAAUGUGUCUAUGACGUUUGAUCAGAGCAGUUAGAGAUGGAGAUUUUAUUCAUCAUAUUUAUUUCUUCAAGAGAAAUCUGUUGAAUUUAAAUAUUAAACUCCAUUUAAAUGUUAAAUGUUUGUUUCCUGAACAAACCAAUGCAACAUGUGGGACUGGGAACUAACGUGUUUUGUCUGCUUCCUGUUGUUAUUUUAUGGUUUCAUCUCUUUGUCUGAUUUGUAAUGUCUCUUAACUGCUGUCUGCUUGCUGGGUUAUGUGGACGCCCCGCAUAUAGACAUACUUUAUAAUUUACCAACCUCUAGUGAAUCUGAAUGUAGUUCAUUCAUUUUCUUUAUUGGUGAUUGGCUGUAACGAGUCUGUUCUCCUCCUCUCUGAAGAGGUUUCUGUAAAAGGCCAGGUCCAUACCGACACACUGUCUCCGUCCUGUAGUCGGGCUGCACUGGGUAAUUUUGUAGUGCUGUGUAUUUUUAAACCUCAGUACUACAUGAACUUUAUAGUAUUUAUUUGAUGGUACAGUGCAUGUUGCUGUCGUAGGCUCGCUCUCUCCUCCUCUCUGUCUCCCACAGUUGUCGGUCGGACAUUGUGCCCGAGCAAACCCGACCUCAUCAUAAGGAAGAAAGCAAACUCCCAUGUUUACAAAUGUCUGUUGUUUUGUUGUUGACCUCAUGCCUCUGGUAUUUUAAAUCAUUUUGAUUCUGAUAGAAUAAAGUUAAUGAAUCACA